GAAGCAAAUGUUCUUAUACCUAUUAAAAAACCCCAAAUCUUUUACUGCAGUUGGCACCAUUUGUUUUUUCAUAAACUUUCACUCUGUUGUGAUGUGAACCUUGCAUUAACUUGAAUAAGUGAUAGUUACAUAAAUGGUUACAUGGUUUUGUAUAAGAAAUAGUUUGAAUCUAACCAUGGUUUUCACAGGUAUUCCAAUUGUGUAUGAUCCACUAAAAGCAGGAAGUAUUGAUGGAACAGAUACAGAUCCCCAUGAUCAUGGUAUUUUCCGUGCAAUGAAUGCAAAGUACAAACCUAACAAAUUUGUAAUUGGUAAUUCAGAGGCAACCAUCUUUGUCACAAGACUUAAUCGGGCUAAAACAACUGAAGAGACUCUUGAGAAAGCAUUCAACAAAUUUGGUAAAAUCAAAAGAAUCCGACUUGUUCGCAAUGUGGUGACAAGAUUUUCUCAAGGUUAUGCUUUCAUAGAAUUUGAAGAUACUAAAUCUGCAUUUUAUGCAAGCAGGGAUGGAAACAAUAUGGUUGUUGAUGAUUUUGAAGUGUUUGUAGAUAUGGAAUGUGAAAGGACCUUAAAAGGAUGGAUUCCAAGGAGAAUGGGUGGAGGAUUUGGUGGAAAGAAGGAAUCGGGUCAGCUACGCUUUGGAUGCAAAGAUAGACCUUUUAGAAGACCCUUAAUAGUUGGUGAAAACAAAGAGGGAUUCAACAGAAAACCAAGGACUCCAUAUUCUGAUAACGAUCAUGAAGAUUAUAGAAAACGUGAAUGGGAUGAAGAGAGUUCCAGGAGAGAUUAUGAAGAGAGUUCCAGGAGAGAUUAUGACCGGAAAUCAGACUACAGGAAAAGAAGAAGAUCAAGAUCUAGAUCUUCCAGCCGAUCAAGGAAGCGAGACCGUGAUUCCAGUAGAGAGGAUUACAGGCGCAGACACAGAGACUGAUUUUAGUGUGUUUAUAUGGUUUCUGCAUGGUAUACUGCCUGUUCAUUGUCCAGAUCUUUAAGCUAUUUUGUGUUACAAAGUAAAGGCAUUUGUAUAUGAUUGGUAAAAUAUUUGGAAACAAAGCCCAGGUAAUUGCUUUGUUGAACAUUUAUGUAUCUAAUGAAUUGCAACAAGUUAGUUUUCAUUCAGUACAGGCUUUACAUGUAGUAUUGUAUGUGUGUGUAAAUAAAUUGGACAGUACUA